UGACAGGAACAUGCUGGUUGAACUUGCAUAGCCUUCUACGAUUCCCCCUUCGCCAUGGACUUAACAAACGAGGAGAUGAGGAUGGUCCUCCAGGACGCGCUGGACGACCUAUGUUCGCCGAGGACGUCGAUGAAUUGCAAAGGCAGAGCGCUCCAAGCAAUCCACGAACUCAUGGGAGAUAUCUGCAUCCCGGACGACCCCGCUGCGGACGAUCGUCGCGAUUAUUUCCUGGCCCUCCAGGACACGUUCGAAUGCAACAUCCCUUCGCGAAUAUUGGAUUGGAUCUCUCACAGCACCGUUCGCCUGGAACAGUUAACGUCGAAGGAAUGUCAAGAUCAUGACCGAAAGGACCAGCUCAAUGCCUUGGUGCCACUUCUAACGCGGGCGUUAGGAGUCAUCCAAGGUUUCCCGCUUAUGCACAAGCCCAGCAAAGCCUUCCUUGUACGGCAGUACAGCCUCGAGAUCCUCGUCGACUUACUUUCGGUUUCGCGGCGACUGCAUCCUGCCCCUUCUACUCCGGAUCACAAGCGGAGCAAAUCUACGUCUUCGCCACACCCGGGCCACCGCACCCCACCAAUGGAACUCCAGAUUGCCAUUCUGGAUACCCUCAUUUGUGCCUUGGUAGACUCCGUACCGGGUUUGCGGAUCUUUGAGGAAAUUGACGGCCUAAAAACCGUUGUGAAGGCAUUGAAGAGGUCGCCCUAUGAUGUAUCUAUGAAAUGCAUGGCAUUCAUCUGCUUCUACAUGGGAGAGGAUGAAUUUGCAUUGUCCGGCGAUAGACCGCCAGCCUCGGAGACGCCUCGCCCUGUGCCACCUGUGCCUACCGCCCCUUCCACACCCGUCCGCAGCGGACACUCCAAAGCGCGAUCACUGGCAGCCCGGCUCGAACUCCGACCCUCGCCAUACGCGCUCUCCGGGCACUCAUCCUCCUCAUCCGAGUCCUCCGCGCUCUCCGAUGCCGAGAGCUACACGUCCGUCGAGUCCAGCGCAGGGCCCAAGACCCCGCCCGACGACGCGCCACUCCACCACCCCCUCUCCGCGCUGCGCAGGGACGCCGACGCCAUCCCGCAGAGCCCCAAGAAAGAGCGCUUCGCGCGCCUCGGCCUCGGCUCCGGGCCCAGCUCGCGCGGGGGCCUGAGCCCGAUUGGUAUCAGCGGCCUGAGCAUCGAGAUGACGCCCAGCACGCCCACGAAGGGCGAGGGCCGGUCUUCGUACGCGGACUCGGACGUGUCGUGCCUGUCGCCGAGGAGCCCCGCGGGGAUGUACGACCGGCGCAGGCGGCUGCGCUCCCCGUCCCCGCCUACCCGGCAGAAGGGGAGGGGAGAGCGGCGCUUUCGCCCCAGGACAAAGGAGGAGAAGGAGGAGAUCCUCGCGGGGAUGGUCGACAACGUGGACUACCUCCUGGAAAACAUGCGCAAGGUCGGCAUUUGGGGUGCUUGCUGAUCUACGCGAGAAAGAGUAUUCUCCAGACACACACGGACACAUCAACAACAUCGUUCUAUGAAAUUCCCUCCCCUUCCCUUUCGCGCUUUUAUUUUGUUUGCUGUCGACAUUGCUAUCGUUUUUCUGGUUUCGUAGCUUUCGCGUUGCAUGCACCAUACCGUGUAUCCCAGGUGUCCAUGUUGUAGCCCAGUAUUCCCUCCCCCUCCUCCCGUUUUUCUCGUAACGCAGUAUACGCCGAUUCACGACUUCAAUGAUUUGUCCUGUUACGACAUGUCCUUUAUACUAGAUUAUAGAGGCUCCAUGACCGCUAUACUCGCAUCCGUGCCCGAGACUCGUG